AUGUCCAACCUGAUUGAGCUAAUGAAUAAGCUGCAAACAGUGGCUGCUUCUGUGGGCGCAGACAACUCGCUUGAUUUACCUCUUAUUAUCGUCGUUGGUUCUCAAUCCUCUGGUAAAUCCUCUGUCCUGGAGACAUUUGUUCAACGUGACUUUUUACCGAGAGGAAGUGGCAUUGUGACAAGGAGACCAUUGGUACUUCAAUUAGUGACAUUACAUCAGCCUUCGGCUUUAGAAUAUGGUGAAUUCUUACACAUCAAGGAUAAAAAGUUUUAUGAAUUCAGUGAAAUUCGUGAAGAGAUUGAACGCGAGACAAGUCGUUUGGCAGGCGCCAACAAGGGUAUCUCCAAAAUGCCUAUUCAUCUUCGUAUCUAUUCUCCCAAAGUACUCAACUUGACCCUGGUGGACUUGCCGGGGUUGACAAAGAUUCCUAUAGGGGAUCAACCAAGUGAUAUAGAGCAACAAAUACGCAGCUUAGUGAUGGAUUAUAUAUCAAACCCAAACAGUAUCAUCUUGGCUGUUACACCUGCCAAUUCAGAUCUUGUCAAUUCCGAUAGUUUGAAACUAGCCAGACAAGUGGACCCAGAUGGUAAAAGGACGAUCGGUGUGCUCACAAAAUUAGACUUGAUGGAUGCUGGUACACAUGCUCUGGAUAUAUUGGCAGGAAAGGCCUAUCCUUUAAAGUUGGGAUUUAUUGGUGUAGUAAAUCGAAGUCAACAGGAUAUCUUGACAAAUAAGCCUAUGCAUCUAGCACUUGAAGCUGAAAAUGAGUUCUUUAGACAGCAUCCAGCUUAUCGCAGCAUUGCGCCUCGAUGUGGAACACAGUAUUUAAACAAGCAACUGAACCAGAUCUUGUUGGCUCAUAUUAAAGAAAAACUACCAGAACUGAGGACGAGGUUGAGUAGUUUGAUUACUGAAAAGCAACAAGAGUUGGCACAGUAUGGCGAAUCGACGAGAGCAGCGGAGCCAAUACAGAGAGGGCCACUUGUUUUAAGAUUACUGACCAAAUUUGCUAAUGACUUUGUUGCUGCUAUUGAUGGAACAUCAUCUGAAAUGUCUACCAAAGAGUUAUGUGGUGGUGCACGAAUUUAUUAUAUAUUCAACAGCAUAUUCAAACAAUCAUUAGAAGCUAUACCCCCUUGCUCCAAUCUAUCCGACCAUGAUAUUCGUACUGCCAUUCGAAAUUCAACAGGUCCUCGUCCUUCGCUGUUUGUACCCGAAUUAGCAUUUGACUUGCUAGUCAGGCCACAGAUUAAACUAUUGGAAGCACCUAGUCUAAGGUGUGUAGAAAUGGUCUAUGAAGAACUGAUGAAAGUUUGUCAUAAUUCAGAUACAAUGGAACUAUUAAGAUACCCAAGACUCCAUCAAAAAUUAAUAGAAGUUGUUUCGGAACUAUUACGAGAAAGAUUGGGUCCAACUGUUACCUAUGUUGAAAGCUUGAUCGCUAUUGAAAGAGCAUACAUCAAUACCAACCAUCCUGACUUCUUGGGAGCAGCUGGAGCUAUGGCUAAUUUGGAGCAGGAAACAAGAAAGAAAAAGAAGAUAGAGGCAUUGAAACGUCGUCAGCAAUUAUUAGAAUCAAAGCAAAAAGCUGAUUUGAUUGCUGCUCAUGAGUCUGUUGCCGUGGGAGUUGACCAGGAAAAUAGCGUCUCAUCUAGAGAAUCAUUAUUGAAUUAUUUCUUUGGAUCCAACAAAAAUGAAAAACCAGCCACAGGAUUACAAGAGAUGAUGACCAAGGCGCAGUCUGCACCCUUUGUGUCGGUGAAUAGCAUGAUGCAGAAUGAGAUUAUUAAGAAAUUGGAACAGACAUCAUUAGAAGAGGAAGCAACAGAUAGAGAAGAAUUAGAGACACAAUUGAUCCGCACUCUUAUUAAUAGCUAUUUCAACAUUGUACGAAAAAAUAUUCAAGACCUGGUGCCUAAAUCUAUCAUGCAUCUACUUGUCAACCAUUCUCGAGAAUCAGUACAGAAUAGACUUGUAUCAGCCUUGUAUAAAGAAGAAUGCUUUAAUGAAUUACUUCAAGAAGACGAAAUGAUCUCCCGUGAAAGAGAAAGAUGUAAAACGAUGCUGAAUGUUUAUAAACAAGCUUUUGACUUGAUCAAGAACUCAAUGUGA